GAACUUUGUUUGGGUUUGUCGCGCGCGGCAGCUGCGAGCAGAGCCGAAGUAGCCCCCGAGCGAUGGAAUCGAAUAUAGAUCUGUCUUCUGGAUUCUUUAUUAUCCCGUCAGAUAACAGUACCGAUGAGCCAGGCUCUGGUGACGAUGGCAUUUACCAAGAGGUGUGUUUGCAAGAGGAGAAUGCUGAUUUCAACCGGAUCUUCUUGCCUACCAUCUUCUCCAUCAUUUUCUUGACAGGAAUCAUUGGCAAUGGCUUGGUUAUUGUGGUCAUGGGCUACCAGAAGAAGCUGAGGAGCAUGACUGACAAAUACAGGCUACACCUCUCGGUGGCUGACCUUCUGUUUGUCAUCACUUUGCCCUUCUGGUCUGUGGAUGCCGUAAUCAGCUGGUACUUUGGAAGUGCCCUGUGCAAAAUCGUCCACAUCAUGUAUACCGUCAACCUGUAUGGCAGUGUUCUGAUCUUGGCCUUCAUAAGCGUAGAUCGGUACUUGGCAAUUGUCCAUGCUACCAACAGCCAGAGACCCAGGAAGCUGUUGGCCGAAAGGAUUGUCUACGUAGGCGUUUGGCUACCAGCUGUGCUCUUGACUGUGCCCGAUGUGGUCUUUGCUAGUACUAACGAGGUUGGCGGAAAAUACGUGUGUCAGCGAUUUUAUCCUGACUACAACUGGGUGAUUUCCUUCCGAUUUCAGCAUAUUUUAGUAGGCCUGGUCUUGCCUGGACUUAUCAUACUGACUUGCUACUGCAUCAUCAUUUCUAAGCUGUCACACUCAAAAGGCCAUCAGAAACGCAAGGCCCUGAAGACCACCGUCAUCCUUAUUGUUGCCUUCUUUGCCUGCUGGUUACCAUACUAUAUUGGCAUCAGCAUAGACACCUUUAUCCUCCUUGGAUUCAUCAAGAAUGGCUGUAACUUUGAGGCUGUGGUGCACAAAUGGAUCUCCAUUACCGAAGCCUUGGCAUUUUUCCAUUGUUGCCUGAAUCCCAUACUUUAUGCUUUUCUGGGAGCCAAAUUCAAGAUGUCGGCCCAAAACGCUUUGACCUCCGUUAGCAGGGGAUCAAGCCUUAAGAUCCUUUCCAAAGGCAAACGAGGGGGUCAUUCUUCUGUUUCGACAGAGUCUGAGUCUUCCAGUUUCCAUUCCAGCUAACAAAGUGUUUUGUUUUCUCUCAAUAUGUGUAAAGAAUGGGACUGUUUAUCUGUAUCUAUUUCUUUCCACAAGAUUUUGGAGGUGGGGAAUCCUCCAAGAUAAUGUACAAGUUUAUUCCCAGUUGGGAUAUUGUAUUUGCUUUUAGUUUUCUGUGGAGUUUAAUGGACUUAUUUAUAAAAUAAAAACAACUUUUCAUGUUAGUGAGAGUGUCUAGGCAGGACCUGAGAAUAUGUAGCUAGGUGAGAAAGUUUUACUGCUUGUCUAUCUAAUUGUACAGAUGUUGGGUCUAAACACUUUUAGAGCUGAGCUGAUGUGCCUGAAUUAUUUGUAUAUAGAAGGAUUUUCAAUAUACCUGUUGAAAAGAGGCAUCAUCAGCUGUAUGGAUAUUUAGGACUCUGUCACAGAUUGCAUAAGCUGUUUUGAUUUACACUAGUUUAAUUGUAUUAUGGACAGUGGUGAAAUCCAUAUCUUACUAAAGGCAAUGUCAAGAUGCAUAACAUUGAAUGCACCCAGAUUGCACCCAAUGGCAUUUACAGCCAAAGUAUCUUCUGUCAAGUGCUUUUUUGGUAAGAAAUUGUAUUGCCAAUCCAAAUCCCUGCCUUUGUAAAGUUGUAAAUAAAAGUAU